UUAUAGCGACUCGAGUUUUCUCGGACAGUAAACAAAACCAGCUGACUAAUCAAAUUUGUGUUGUUGAGUUUUCUGAAUUCUCUAAUAAAAGUAUUUCUAAGAACAGAGAUUUUAUUUGCGAAAUAUUAAAGGAAAAUGUCACUCGGCUACACAUUUCUAGGUUGUCCAUUUUUACUAAAUAUCGAUAACAAGGAAAUCCUUUAUGAGAUUCUGAACUACUCGGUUGAUGUGCUUCUUGGCAAUAGUGAUGAGCAUCAAAUGGAAAAACAUUGCCACAAGUAUGGAUUUCAGAAUGUGCACGAUUUCAUGUUGAUGACUCGUAAAAUUGCGCGUGCCUACAGGUCACACUACGAAAAUGAAAAUUCCACGGAAGCGGAAUUGCUCUACGAAUUUAGCAAUUUAAGUCCUGAAUUCCAGCGAUUGGUACCAGCAGUAUAUGAGGCGCGUAAAUCGGAAAUUGGAAAAUAUAUGUUGCAGCUGCAUAAUGCCCAAGAACAUUCGUUGGUAUUGUCAUUCGACUAUGAUGCUCGUGUGGUACUUGGAGAUAGUAGCUUCGCUCAAAAUUACCGUGAACUAGUACGACUAUACUUCAAUUGCUGUGAUGCAAAUGGCAAAAUAAGCAAAAUACAUUUUGAAAUGAAUCCAGAUAAAUUGAAUGAAUUUAUUAUGGCGUUGGAAGAGGCACUUGCCAAAGAUGACAAUAAAAGUAAUCUCAUGCAGCCCUAAAAUUAGGCAGUUUGUUUCUGAA